AGAGAGAGAGAGAGAGAGAGAGAGAGAGAGAGAGAGCGGGAGAGAGGGGUCGAGAGAGAGAGAGAGGUCGAGAGAGAGUGGGGGAAAGAGAGAGGGGGAGAGAGAGAGAGAGAGAGAGAGAGGGGGGAGAGAGAGAGAGAGAGAGAGGGGGGGAGAGAGAGAGAGAGGGGGGGAGAGAAAGAGAGAGAGGGGGGGAGAGAGAGAGAAGAGAGAGAGAGAGAGAGAGAGAGAGAGAGAGAGAGAGAGAGAGAGAGGGGUCAAGAGAGAGAGAGGGAGAGAGAGAGGGGUCGAGAGAGAGAGAGAGAGAGGGGUCGAGAGAGAGAGAGGGGUCGAGAGAGAGAGAGGUCGAGAGAGAGAGAGAGAGAGAGAGAGAGAGAGAUCGAGAGAGAGAUCGAGAGAGAUCGAUCGAGAGAUAGAGAGAGAGAUCGAGAGAGAGAGAGAGAGAGAUCGAUAGAGAGAGAGAGAUCGAUCGAGAGGGAGAGAUCGAUCGAGAGGGAGAGAGAUCGAUCGAGAGAAAGAGAGAGAGCUCAGAGAGAGAGAGAGAGGGAGGUCGAGAGAGAGAGAGAGAGGGAGAGGGGUCGAGAGAAAGAGAGGGGUCGAGAGAAAGAGAGGGGUCGAGAGAGAAAGAGGGGUCGAGAGAGAAAGAGGGGUCGAGAGAGAAAGAGGGUCGAGAGAGAAAGAGGGGUCGAGAGAGAGAGAGAGAGGGGUCGAGAGAGAGAGAGAGAGAGAUUACUUUGA